AUGAUAGUGGGCCCUCUGGAUUUUCACUUCCCUUCCAAUUUGAAAAUAUUGUCAUUGUGGGACUUUCCUCUGACAUCCGAUUCACUAUCAACAAUAGCGAAACUGCCCAACCUUAAAGAGUUGUUCCUUAGGAGAACAAUCAUCGGGGAGGAAUGGAACAUGGGGGAGGAAGACACCUUUGAGAAUCUCAAAUUUUUGUAUUUGGAUGAAGUGACGCUUGCUAAGUGGGAGUUUGGAGAGGAAUCCUUUCCCGUGCUUGAGAAAUUAGAACUGUGGGGAUGUCAUAAGCUUACAGAGAUUCCGCCUAAUUUUGGGGAUAUUGGUUCAUUGAAAAUCAUCAAACUUGUAAAGAGCCCUCAACUUGAAGAUUCAGCUCUGGAGAUUACACAAUAUGUUGAAGAUAACACAGGAGUAGACAAGCUUCAGAUCCUUGGCCCGAAUGAUAUCCCGUUAUCUAAGACAGGUUCUUCUCUAUUAUUUUUCUGCUUACAAACCAAAUUUAUGCGUGUUGUUUACAAUGUGUUUGAUGAAUUCUCAAUUGAACUUUUUGUGAACGUUAAUUGGUUGAAUUUUGUUACUGGGGCCUACUUUGCUGGCGUACAGGCUGAUCCUGACCGAGUUCAGAUAAAUGUGCAGAUAAAAAGGGAGGUGCGUGGUUAUGUUGACGAAAUCGGUGUUGAGGAUAUUUCCACCUAUUGUAAGAACAACCUUAGGGCAUUUCCUUAUGCGCAAGAACCGAAUGUAUCCUUGACAGAGCGAGGCCUUGUAGCUAUCUCCGCGGGGUUCUCUAAGAUCCACUCAGUUCUAUACUUCUGCUGCAAAAUGACAAAUGCCACAGCAUCCUCUCCUUGGAGAUCAGAGACUGUUCCUUCGGGGACAAGGCUAGUGGUCAAUGCUGCAAGGCUGGAGACGAAGUGGUAUCUUUGGAUGUCUUCUUGUUCAGUUUAUCGUGCUGGUUGUAAUCGAUGGAACAUGGAAGUUUAUCAUGCUGGCUGUAAUCGACAGAACAUGGAAGCUAAAGGUCAUUGA